AUGAGUUAUCCUAUGGAUCACUUUGUAUAAUUGUUAUACUUUGAUAACUUGGAGCAUUUGGAAAGUGGGUAGAAUCAAACAAGAUAGAAAGUCAAAGAAGGAAAGGUCUGUGAUGAAAUUAUAUUCCAAUCACUUGUAAAGGUAUAGUUGAUAAGAAUUGUUAAACCUGGUUAUAAUGUACAUUAGAAUCUGAAAAAAUUAAUUACAAUUACUCAAAGUGAAGAGCCUAUUCGUAAUUUGGAGAUUUUUGCAAAAUCUUAUUAAACCAAUAAACCAUAAUCGAGAUAUCAACUUCUUUUUGGAAGUCCUGAAAUCUCAUCCAAUAAUUGUGAUAUCUUAAUUACACUUGAAUAGCCAGUAUAUUAUAUUAUUAAUAAUAGUACAUCACCGAUUUUAUAGUUUUUAGAGGAUAAUAUAAACGACUUACAAUUUGCAUGUAUGGUGAAAUAAUGUCAGGACAUUCUAUUUAAAGUUACAAUCCAUCUUAUGGUAAGAAUAUUGGAUUAUAGGAAUUAAAUGAUGUAAUUGAUGCUAGAAUUUAAAGAGUGCGCGCAAUUACUUAACCAGUUGAUAAUAAAAUCUAUUAGUAAAUCAUUAAAUAAAGAAAUGAAGUUUUAGAUCAUAUUUAUAACUAAGAGAAUUAUCAUUUAUGUGUAGAUAAUAUUCAACCAUAAUUAUUACUUGAAGAUAAAUAAUUCAAUUAAUAAGAAUCAUAAAAAUAAAUAGAAAUAUUAGCUAAGGAAUUAAAAUCUAUAGAUUAAGACUAUGAUUUUGUAGAUAAAUAAUUAGUAUCAUUAUAUCAUGAGAAAUUGGAAUAAAUGCAUAGAGUUUUAACUAAACAUUUAAAACAUUCAAAAGCAGAUAUACAUUCAGCUGCACAUUUUAAUGAUGUUGAUCGUAUUUAUAAAUUAUUACCAACUUCACUUGUUGAUUCAGUCAACUUUGCUAUUCAUGCAUCUUAUUCAUCAGCAAUUAGAGCAUUUCCUAUUAUUAUAUAAUUAUUGAGUUCAAAAUAUCAUGCUUUAUUAUUUUUAGAUAAAGGAGGUUUAAAUAAAUUAUUAGAAUUUCUAAUUGAAAAAUAAUAAUCACCUAGUUAUUUUAAAUUAAAGGUGAUUGAAACAUUAUAUAAUUGUAUGAAUCAUGUAGAAUUUUGUAAUGAAUUAAUAACAAGAAAUGUUGAAAUAAAAACAUAAGAUUCUGAGAAAUCACCUAAGAAAAAGAAGAAAGUAAAGAAAGAUAAAGAAAAGAAAAAGAAAGAAAAUAAAGAGGGAAAGAAAAAGAAAAAUAAGAAAAAGAGUAGAAGUAGAAGUAGGAGUAAGAGUAAAUCUAUUACUUAAGAGUAAUAAUAAUUUACAAAUGAAUAAGUUAGUAAUUUUAAUGGAUUUUAAUUAUUGGCUUAUACAGCAUCAAAAAGUGAAGAUGAGAAAAUUGUAUAAGCUUGUCAUAUAGCAUUAAAUAGAUUAUAAAUUUAUGUGAGAUUUAGAAAAUUAAAGAAUAUGAUUGAUUUGGUAUAUUAAGGAAAAUUGGCAUUUAAUGAUGAAGGAACUAUGGAUUUCUUAUUAAAUAAUUUACCAUAUUAAUGGGAAUUUGAGAAUCUUGUUGGAUUAGAUUUAUUUUUAUUUGUUGUUUAGAAAGAUUUUUAUUGUGAUAAACAAAGAGAAUUAAUGUAUUGUUUAUUUGAUGCUGAGAAGACAAAGACUGCUAAUUUUAAAUUGGUUAAAGAAAUAUUAUAAAUGAAAGAUUUAUGUAUUACAUAUGCAAAUGCAAUGUGGUUUAAAUAGAUGUAAUUUAUGAAAUAUAUUGCUGCUAUGAUGGUGCUUAAUUAGAAUUAUAGUUAGUGUUGUUAAUUGAUUUAUCGUAUUUUAUAAAUUAAGGGGGGCAUAGUGGUUAUUUGUCAAGAAACUACAGCCCUAAAGUUGAUAAUAAGAGUAUUAACCAAAAACAAUGAUAUAUAAUUAUUAAAUUUAAUAAAAUCAUCAUUAGUUUUAAUAAAUUUAAUGGAUUAAAUUUACAUUAAACUAUUAGGUUCUGAUUAUGAUUAUGAAUUGAUAUCAUUGUUAGGUUAAUUAUAAUAAUAUACUGAGGAAUAGGAUGAAAUAACUCAAAAUUGUGCAGCUGUUAGUCAUUUGAUGAAUAAUGAAUUCUUUAGUGAAGCUUUAUUAUACAUCAUGUCUGUAACUAAAUUGGAUGACAUAAUAGAACAUGAAGUUGAAAUCACUAUUAUGUCUCAUAUCUUCAUCAAUAGUAAAAUUUGAAAAUAAUCAUAGUUUUGAGAUAUAAUGAUACACAUAAAGGAUUAUUUUUGGCAGAUCGACUUAUAGCUCCUAAUGCUCGCUUUAUUAAGUUUGUAAAUACAGAGAAAGCCAGAUUUAGUGCAGAUUUCAGAUUAUCACAAAUUCUAUUAGCAGGAGUAUUAGAACCUUAUGAAUUAUUUUUGGCUAAAGAUACAACUAAAGCUAUUAGAGAAUCAUUUCAUACUAAGUUGAAAUUUGUUGCUAUCAAUUAAGAUCCUGAUAAAAAUAAAUUAAAAGAAUAUUUUGGAGUAGGAGAACAUAAGAAAGGUAUUCAUGAAGAAUUAAAAUCUGAAUUUAGACUUUUAGGAACAUUUGAUUAACCUUAUUAAAGUUUAUAAUUUUUAGAUGGAGCUAUAAAAAUAUUUAAAUGGUUGUGUGAUUGUAAUAAAUUUUAUUUCAUUCCAUUUUUUGAACAUGAAGUAAUAGCAGGAGUAGAAUGUUUUGCUGGAAAAUUAAUUAAUUUAUUUUCAGCUAUGACUUCAAAAAACAUAUAAACUGAAUAUAUGUUAAUUAAAUUACCAAAUUAAUAAUAGAUUUUAAGACAUUAUUUUGAUCUUACAUAUAAUACUAUAGAAUUGAUAUAAGAACGAUUGAAAUUUAGAGUAUAAUUAGGAUGUGAGAGUUCAUUCCAUUCCAAUGAUUUAUGUAAGAUUCUUAUUGAUUUAUGGGUUUCAUUAUAAAAAGUAUAACCAAAUGGACUUAGAGGAUGUAAAUAAAAAAUUGAAAAUUUAUUAAAUACUCUUAGGAAUUGUUUUAAUUAUGUUAUUACAUUAAAUUCAUUUUAAGAAGAAGAUAAUGAAUAAUUGAAGAUACAUGUUUAAUAAGGUAAUCAAGAGAUAUAAACUUUAUUUUAAUCUUUGUAUUUAUCAGCAUUCAGAAAUUAAGAAGAAUAAAAGUAUAUACUGAAUUUGAUGUAAUAUUUAAUUAAAGAUAAUUAAAAUAAACCUUAAUUCAAUAAUAAUUUAUUCAAUGUAUUAUUUAAACCAAUGCGUAAAAAUGAUGAUGAAUUUGAAAAUUAUACAAAAAAUGGAGAUCUUGGAUUUUUAAUUGAUACUAUGGGAGAUUAGAAAUGUUUAUAAAAUUUAAUGUAAUCAUCUUUAAGAACAUUUGAUUCAGCUUUGCAAAAUGAGAUGUUCAAAGUCUUAAGAAAUCUAUUAGAAUUAUAUGAUCAUAACAUUUCUUAACAUUUAUUCAAAAUAAUUGAAGAUCAACUCAAAAAUUAUUCAAAUAAAAUUAAGGCUUUAGCUAAAAAAGAGGAUCAAUAACUUUAUUUAAAAUACCGAUAAGAUUGGGUGCUUUUGGGAUUAUUCUUAACUCAAGCAAUAGAUAUUUGUCUUUGUAAUUGUGGUUUUAUGUACAUAUUUAAUUAUGAACAUUUAAAUGAAGAUAUGAUCAAAAUAUACAAAUUGAUUGAUUCUGAAAAUGAUUAUUGUGAUUCUUAACCAACUGAAAAAUCUUAUAAAUUAUUAAUUGCAACAUUACGUAAUCAAAUUUUACAGAUCUUUAAAAAGGCUGUAGAUCAUGAAUGUGGUGUUAGUCAAUUUUUAUAAUCAGAAUCUCAAUCCUAUUAAUAUUUAAUUGAAGACAUACCACAUAUUACUUAUUUAUAAGAUUUAUUGAAGAGUUUAUCUAAGAAUUUAAUUAAGAAUGUUGAAUAUUCAGAAGACUCUAAAGAACACUAUCAUUUAAAUUUAAUAUCAUCUAAAUUAAUUAUUGAGAUCUUAGAAUGUACUUCUAAGAAUAUUGUUGGUCAAAAUAUUCUUUUGUAUUCAGAUUAUACUUAAACACCAUAUAAGGCUAAACCUAUUUUUUAAUUAUAUACUAUUGUAGAAUUAAUUCAGCAAUCUAUUCUAAAUUACAAUAAUUUACCAUUUUAAUCAGUCUACACAUCAAUUAUUGAAUAAUUCAUUAGUUUACUAUUCAGAUUAUUUGUAUCUAUACCCAAUAAUAUUAUUCAUCCAGGAGAUGUAAGAAAAAGAGCAAUACAAACACUAAUGUUUAAUAAAUAAGAAAACAUUAUAGAUUUUAUUACUAAUCUAUCUAAUCAAUUGAAUAACAUCCCCUACUUCAUUAAACAUGUUAAAUUACUCUAAUACCUAUUGAAAUAAAUUGAAUCCAACAACAAAGACAUUAAAGAUCAAAAUGUAACAUUGCCCAGUGAACCACGUUCACAUUUGGUUGUCUUUUAACUAAUACAAGAAAAGAUUUAACAAUAAUAAUCUAAAGUAAAACAAUAAUAAAUCUUGAGUUCAUUUUUUAAAUAAACUGUUUUAGAGGGUGAUAAAAUGUUAAAAUAUUAAUCUUUAACUGUAAGUGAGGUAACUCCAUGGAAAUUAGCAUUUAAAGAAAUGAAAUAAGAAUUAUCAACAUAAUCAAGCACAUUUGUAUUCCCAGAAGUACUCUAUAGAGAUUUAAUUUUCAAAUUGGUUCCAUUAGAAAUACCAGCUUAUCCUAAAACAAUUAUUAAUGACAUUAUGUCUUUAUUCAUUAGACAACCUAUGAUUUCAAAAGAAAGAGUAGGUUUUGCCAAGAUAUCAACUGUUUAACCUACUCUAGAACCAAUAAGACCUGUUAUACCAAUUCCAAUAAGAACAACAACUGUAGAUGCCCCUCCUCCACUUUAUAAACCAGAAAUGAUGUUCCCAUUAUAGUAACCUAAUGUGUAACCUCACUAAAAUCCCAUAAAUAGUACUCCAGUCAUUCCAAUAAGACCUUAAAAUGCAACAAGCAAUUACAAUUUAGUAUAUAAAAAUGAAAUUCUAAAUAGUUGGAUUCGAUAGCUCCACCAAUGACUUUCCAUCAACAUGAAGAUCCACGACUUUAAAGAAGAUAAGAUUACAACAUGCACCCUAUGCAAUCAAUAUAAUAAUAAACAGGAAUUCAGUAGCAAUAAUAAUAGCAAUUAUAAUAAUAGUAGACUAUGCAAUAACCUAUUCAUUAACCUUAUCAAAUAAAUUAAAUACCCAUGUUUAUGGUAUUCUAUUUUAUAUAAUAUCUAAGUCUUAAAUACCAAAUCAAAUGGGAACCUAAUUACCAAAUCAAAUGGGCACCUAAUUACAAACUCAAAUGGGUACCUAAUUACCAAAUCAAAUGGGUACCUAAUUACCAAAUCAAAUGGGUACUUAAUUACCAAAUCAAAUGGGUACUUAAUUACCAAAUCAAAUGGGUACUUAAUUACCAAAUCAAAUGGGAACCUAAUUAUCAAAUUAAAUGAUACCUCCUAUGUAAUAAGUAUAGCCUCCUUAAUUAAUUCCUCCUCAAUAAACAGUUCUAUAAUAACCAAUGAUGCAUUUGCAUCCCUAACACCCUAUUUAAUAGUAGCCUCCAAUUUAAUAAUAAUAACAAAUGCCAUAAUAAUAAUAAUAAUAAUAAUAACCAAAUGAAUUGGCAGAAUUAAUUGCUAUGAUGAAUGAAUAGGAGAAAGCAAUUUUGAGAGAGUUUUUGACUUCAAAAGAUCCAAGAAAGUUGGAAUAGUUGGAAUCAAAAAGAUUGGAAUAUCCAAGAAUAGAUUAAUUUUUAAUGGCGCUAUAAUAAUAACAAAAAAAGAGAAGCUAAUGA